CAGGGGCACACAGGGUCCAGGCCCGCAGCCGCUGAAGACUCUAAAAACCCUCGCACACACCUGUCACGCCCGGCGCGCCCCCUGCCCGCACACGCGGCCCACGCAGCUCGGAACUCUGAGGGCCCACGCUUCGGAGUCCCCUUACUCCGUGGCACCAAGGGCUGAGUUGUAGCAACGCGGCCGCGUGGGUGGCCGUGGUCGUGACAGGUGGUUGUGAGCGGGGUCGCAGAUGCAUUCGGACAUGCUGCUGCUCAAGAAGCAGACGGAGGACAUCAGCAGCGUCUAUGACAUCCGGGAGAAGCUUGGCUCGGGUGCCUUCUCCGAGGUAGUGCUGGCCCAGGAGCGGGGCUCUGCACACCUUGUGGCCCUCAAGUGCAUCCCCAAGAAGGCGCUGCGGGGCAAGGAAGCCCUGGUGGAGAAUGAGAUUGCGGUACUCCGCAGGGUCAGCCACCCGAACAUUGUGGCGCUGGAGGAUGUCCACGAGAGCCCUUCCCACCUGUAUCUCGCUAUGGAGCUGGUGACGGGUGGCGAGUUGUUUGACCGCAUCAUGGAGCGAGGCUCCUACACGGAGAAGGAUGCCAGCCACCUGGUGGCUCAGGUCCUCGGCGCUGUUUCCUACCUGCACAGCCUGGGCAUUGUGCACCGGGACCUCAAGCCUGAAAACCUCCUCUAUGCCACGCCCUUUGAGGACUCCAAGAUCAUGGUCUCUGACUUUGGCCUCUCCAAAAUCCAGGCUGGCAACAUGUUAGGCACUGCUUGUGGAACCCCGGGAUAUGUUGCUCCAGAGCUUUUGGAGCAGAAACCGUAUGGGAAAGCUGUAGAUGUGUGGGCCCUGGGUGUCAUCUCCUACAUCUUGCUGUGUGGGUACCCGCCCUUCUACGACGAGAGCGACCCUGAACUCUUCAGCCAGAUACUGAGAGCCAGCUACGAGUUUGACUCUCCCUUUUGGGAUGACAUCUCGGAAUCAGCCAAAGACUUCAUCCGGCACCUUCUGGAGCGAGAUCCCCAGAAGAGGUUCACCUGCCAGCAGGCCUUACAGCAUCUUUGGAUCUCUGGGGAUGCGGCUUUGGACAAGGAUAUCCUGGGCUCAGUCAGUGAGCAGAUUCAAAAGAAUUUUGCCCGAACCCACUGGAAGAGAGCUUUCAAUGCUACCUCCUUCCUGCGCCAUAUCCGGAAGCUGGGGCAGAGUCCAGAGGGGGAGGAGGCCUCCAGGCAGAGUAUGGCCCGACACAGCCACCCAGGCCUCCCAACUGGCCAGCCCCCCCAGUGGUGAUGCCCAGGCAGAUGCUGAGGCCAAGUGGACAGACCCUGAUUUCCUUCCUUUGAGUCCUUUCAGUCCCCUUCCCCCACCCCUUAUGCCCCUGGCUGGUCUCUGCUGGAGUGUGUGAGUCGUGCACGUGGCGCAUGGCUGGGGCAGGGAUGGGGCACUCCUUGUCACUGCCUCCAGAAGCCUGGGAGGUGUUGGCAGGUGGGCUCCAGGGGCCGUCCUUCCUGCACUGUUCUGUGCUUUGCUGACUGUGGGUGGUUCUGCUUGUGUUGUGGCCCUCCAGCCCCCUUGUUUUCUCCAAACCAAUAAAGACAGACAGAGCAAUGGG